UGAUUUGUAAUUUACUUAAUUAUAUAAUCUAUCGCUAUCAGGAGGUGAAGUGCAGCUCCGUCGCUCUGAACUUGAGUCCUCGCCGGCGAUUGGUGUACGUAGCGUUCUUUUCCAAUUUUUUUUCAACUGAGCUUACAGAGAGCAAAGACAGCCAGAUUCUGUUGUUCUUUGGUGGCAGUGAGGGUCAUACUGCUGGAGGAUGGCUAAUAACCCACACUAUCCUGGCAUUCAGCCAUUCCAGCAUCCGAAUGCCAGCUCCAUAGAUCUGCCUCGAGGCUUUGCUCCAUCCAUGAAUUUUCAGCUUCGUCCUACCAUUCAAGCUCCGCAUUCUGAGCAAGGUGCUCGUUUGGCUUCUCAAAAUUUUCAGUGUGUUGGGAGAGGUGGCCCAGCGAUGAACAUUGGAUUUCCACCUCAAUCUUAUGCGCCUCAGUUACUACAGUCAAUGCACCAUUCGCUCGAAAGACCUAGCCAAUCAAAUCAGGUGCAACAUGUGCCACUAGGACAUCCGUCUCUAGUUUUACAGCCAAAUGUGUCGAUUGCUUCUGGUACCUUCUUGCCGGAGCCUUACGUACAAACUUCAGAUAUUAAUAUGAAUGGUGGACCUAGGGCACUCUUUUCUUAUCAGAGUGCAACUUCUUUCGAGCAUCUGAGGGCACCAACUCAAGUCACUGGACCAAGCAGUCACAGUCAGAGUCAAGCACAACAAAGAGCACCUAUCAGCCAGGCCAAUGCACCAUCUUCUAUAAUGAAUCCAACAUUUGAAAAUCCAAAGGUAGAUUUUUCUCAACCUAUACCUUCUCAAGAGGCUGUAACAGACUGGGUUGAGCAUACCUCGGCGGAUGGAAAGAGAUAUUUUUUCAACAAGAAAACGAAGCAGUCCACUUGGGAGAAGCCUGUUGAGUUGAUGACUCUAUUUGAGAGAGCUGAUGCAAAAACUGACUGGAAAGAACAUUCAAGUCCUGAUGGAAGAAAGUAUUUUUAUAAUAAGGUUACCAAGCAAUCAACAUGGACAAUGCCUGAGGAGAUGAAGAUUGCCCGUGAACAAGCAGAAAAAUCAUCUGUUCAGGGGCUUCAUGCAGAAGACGUGGUUGAUACUUCUAAGAUGCUUUCUUGUUCUGAUACAGCACGUGAACAAGCAGAAAAAUCAUCUGUUCAAGGGCUUCAUGCAGAAGACGUGGUUGAUACUUCUAAGAUGCUUUCUUGUUCUGAUACAGCAUUGACUGCAGCUCUGACUGGUUUACCAAGCCAAACACCAUCUAUACUUCCCACAUCUAAUACCAGUGAGAAACUAGCUCCUCCAUCUGAUUGGGAGCAGGCAGCUUCAAUUCCUGGAAGCUCUUCUCCGGUCGAAAAUGUUGAUCACGUUCAGGCAAUCGCAGAUAAAACAUCAGAAUUGUGUGAUACUGCAAAAACUGAUAAUUCUUCUGCCACUGUGAUGAUAACUUCUACUGCUACAUUGGUUGAGAAGGAAUCAGUAUCAACUGAGAACAGUGGAAAUGCAGAUGUCGUGUCAGCUAAAAGCACAGAUCAAGGUAAUGGGACUGGACGAAAAGAAAGCCAAAAUCAUGUUGUGGAUAGUGAAAUAGUUGACAGUCAGUCGGAAGGAAAACAAAUUCAUCAAGAGAAUCUUUCUUAUACCAACAAAUCGGAAGCUGUAGAUGUCUUCAAAUCACUUUUGAAAUCUGCCAAUAUUGGAUCUGACUCGACAUGGGAACAGGCCAUGAGAGAAAUAAUUAAUGAUAGAAGAUACGGGGUUCUGAGGACUCUUGGAGAGCGGAAGCAAGCCUUCAAUGAGUUCCUAGCUCAAAAGAGAAAAACAGCAGAGGAGGAAAAGAUAGCCAGACAGAUUAAACGAUAUGAAAAUUUUAAAACGAUGUUAGAGGAAUGCGUGGAGCUUACUCCUUCUACUCGGUGGAGCAAGGCUGUGUCUAUGUUGGAAGACGAUGAGCGUUUCAAAGUUGUUGAACGAGAAAAAGACCGUCGUAAUAUUUUUGACGAUCAUAUCAGUGACCUAAAGGAGAAGGAGCGGGUAAAAGCUUCUGAGGAUCGCAAGCGGAACAUAACUGAAUACAGGAAGUUUUUGGAAUCUUGUAAUUUCAUCAAGCCUAAUAGCCAAUGGCGCAAAGUUCAGGACCGCCUAGAAGUGGAUGAAAGAUGUUCACGUCUUGAGAAAAUUGAUCAGUUACAAAUCUUUCAGGAGUAUCUGCGCGAUCUGGAAAGAGAAGAAGAGGAGAGAAAGAAGAUACAAAAGGAGGAAAUUAAAAAAGCAGAGCGAAAGCAUCGUGAUGAGUUCCGUGGGCUGAUAGAUGAACAUAUUGCAACAGGAGAUCUUACUGCCAAAACUAGUUGGCGUGAUUAUUUAAUGAAGGUCAAAGAUUUACCUGUAUAUUUAGCAAUCGCAUCGAACUCCACUGGAGCUACUCCAAAAGACUUAUUUGAAGAUGCUGUUGAGGAUUUGAAAAGAAAGUACCAUGAGCUCAAAUCUCAGAUAAAGGACGUAUUGAAGGUGAGAAAGGUAACGUUAUCCGCUGGAUCGACGUUUGAUGAGUUCAAAGUCUCAGUUUCUGAGGGUAUCGGUUUCCCAUCUAUUCCUGACGUCAAACUAAAGUUAGUUUUUGAUGAUUUGCUGGAAAGGGCAAAGGAGAAGGAAGAGAAGGAAGCUAGAAAACAGACUCGGAAUACUGAGAAAUUGGUGGAUAUGCUUCGCUCCUUCAAGUAUAUAACUGCCUCUUCAUCCUGGGAGGAUUCUAAGCAUCUUGUUGAAGUUAUAUGUUUACUUGUUGUAUGUAGUUCUAUAGGAGACGAGAGCUUCCGGAAGAAGACAUUCGAGGAUUACCUUUCGCACCUCAAAGAGCAAGCAAAAAGGAUCAAACAGAACAAGAAGGAACAUGUUAGAGAGGAACAUUACAAGGGGAAUGAUAAGUACGGAAGAGAGAAGGACAGAGUGCGAGAAAGAGACAUUAGAGAUCAUCGUAAGCAAGGUUCAGCUGAUAAUCACAACCAUAAUGUGGACGAACUCCGUGGAAAAGAAGGUAGAAGAUCAGGAAGAGAUAGCCACAGUAGACAUGGAGAAAGACAUACUAGCGUGAAGGAAAUUGAGACGGACCAUUACAAAGAAUCUCAUAAAGCUGGUGGUGGCCAUAAGAAAUCAAGACAAGAGCGAGGUUUGGUGCUAGAAGCAGAGGAUGAAGGCAGGGAAAAGAGGCGUAGAAAAGAGGGAGAGAGCGAGCAACAUACAAAGGGUGCGGAAAAGGAAGAGGAGCUUGAAGAUGGAGAAUGUGGUAGGUAUUAAAAUAUAUAUAUAUAUAUAUAUAUCUACUCCCAUCAAUUGGGAGAGAUGUUAGGCUUCUAAUUUGCUUGGGUUGAAUUUUUUGAAGCCAUUAAACUAUUUUGUCACAAACAAAUUGUCAAAGCCGAGCUGCAGCUUUUAACGUAAUCAGAGAUGGAUGAGUAGGAGUUUUUCCUUGUUU